AUGAGAGCCAUGCGAUCGCUGCUGCUCGUGGGUGCCGCGGCCCUCGUCCCGCCCCAACGCAUGAAACAAAAAGCGACCAUCCGACGAGCGUCGGAAAAAAGUACGUUAACGGAGGCCGGCGAGUACGAGGCCGUAGCGAUACAAGCUGAGUUUCCGGCGGACCUGCGCGGCACGCUCUACCGGCUCGGCCCCGGCGGCGCGUUGAGGCGUGGUCAACAAAGGGACCCCUACGGCUUUUGCCUCGGCGUGACGUUUGGUGGAGACGGGUCGUGCGUCGCGCGCGCGCGGUACGUAAGGACGGAGGCCUUCCUGCGAGAUCGGCGGGGCAUGCCCGAGGGGAGCCCAUUGGCGGAGCGGAACGUGGGCAAAAAACUGUUAUAUUGGGCCGACCGGCUCUUCGCUUUGACGGACGGCUGCAAACCGUACAUGGUCGACCCGCUCUCGUUGGGGACCCAGAAGAAGAGCGAGCUCGGCGGGCUGCUGAAGGAGGCCGACGACGGCUUUGACGAAGGCGUCCGAUGCAACGGAGACGGGACGAAGCUCUGCCAGGCCUUUUUUGACAAGGGGCUGCCGUUUAUUGGGGGAGAUUGUAUAGAGUGGCGCGACUUUGAUUCGGACUUCCGCGCGUCGGGCGUCGUGGCGAAGCUGCCCCUGCCCAAAGGCGUGGCGUUGAAGACCUGGGCGCCGACGCCGACGGGCUUCGUUUGCGUUCUCUCGGAUAAUAGCGUUACCAUCCUCAAGCGGGGUAAUGAUGCUGGCAAUGAAGUCGGACGGAUAGCCGGCCUGACUCACAUCAUAAAUGCGCGCGACGCGCCGGGCGGCGCGGAGCUGGACGCCGUCGUCGACGGUACGUUGGUGAGGAUAACCUCGUCGCUGGCGACGGAGCCGCUCUCGGAGCACGCCGUGACGGAGGCCACGCCGCUCGGCGACGACUUCCUUGUAAACACCGCGGUCGGCGGCCUCGUGCUCGUACGCGACGGCCGCGAGGCCGCGUCGUACGCGGCGCCGGACCGCCGCGCGGGCGCGCCGACGGCGUCGGGCGCCUACGUGCUGUGCCUGCUCCACGGCGCCGACGCGACGGAGGUGGCGGCCCUCCGCGCGGCGGACCUGGCCGAGGUCGCGCGCGCGCCGCUGCCGCACGCGUGCGGCGGCGGCGCGGGGCCCUUCGUGGCCGGCGUCGCGCCGACGCUGGACGAGAUCCAGUCUGCGGAGACGCUCGCGCGGCUCUACGCGCGCAAGGCGAGCGAGUGGAACGAGGUCGACGGCGGCUUCAGCGGCCUCGGCAUCAAGUCGUUCCUGUUCCCGAAGGGCGUGUCCGGCGGCUAA